AUGGCUUCCCCAAAUGUGUUUUUGUUACUGCCCCUUGCAUGCCUAUUGGCAAUGACAACCAUAACUUCUUCAGCAAGGGAUUUUCCCAUUACACCUGCUGCAUAUUACAAGCUUGCAGUGAGGCGUGAAGCCAGUGAAGGCCUUUUCCCUUGCUUCAACGCGGUUAUGGAGAUCAAAUCCUGCUCAACUGAGAUUGUCAAUUUCUUCCUCAAGGACCAGCAGACUUCUAUUGGCAAAGACUGUUGCCGUGCAAUUUAUGUCAUUACCCAUAGUUGCUGGCCUUCCAUGCUCACUUCCAUUGGUUUUAUCGCUGGGGAACUCGAUAUUCUAGGAGGCUAUUGUGAUGCAGCCUCUGUUCCUGCUGCUGCACCACCACCUCUUGAAGUAUAAAUGCAUGUCUUGCUUUGUUUCAGUUUGUUUUUCAUUCGAAAAAAGUUGGGUUUGUCUGUCUAGAGUCGUUCAAUGGGUGUC